AUGAUGGGAGAGACCCGCCGUGCGUAUUCCACCCACGACGCAGAGGCUGGCGGCCAGGACAGCGCCAUCGGCUUCGAGCCCUUCGGCAAGAAGGAUGCGGGGGCCUUGGAUGGCCGAGCGCCGGGCGCCGUGCGGGACAAAGAGGCGCACCCCCAGAGGGAGGCGGUGAUCCGGCCGCAGCAAGCGGGAAAGAUAGACUUCAAGUCCCUCCAGAGCAGGCCCAAGUUCCCCAGUGAUGGCCACUGGGGAGCCGUCAAGGGGAGCCCCCAGUCUCCCCCCGGAAAAAGCCGGGCGCGGGAGAAGAACAGGCGGUCGGGGAAGGGGGACCGUGGCCACCAGCAGCUCUACCGGCUCACCAUCAGCGGGGCGCGCCCCCACCCCACCAUCGGGAUCGCCUACCCGCAGCAGAAGGUCGCCCCGCCGAAGAAGCCGGACCUCGGUCACGGGCCCGUCUCGGGGAGCUACCGCUUCCACGUGCCCAGCGCCCCCGAGAGGGCGGUGGAGCUCCAGCAGGAAGACUUCGGCUUCCCCCGCUGCUUCCCGGAGGCCGCCCCCGGCCUCCCCUCCGGCAACUAUACCUCACCGGCAGCAGCUGCGCACCCCAGCCCCGGCGGGAAGGCCCAGCCCGCCGCGGGCACCCCCCAGGAGGGCGCAGCCCCACACGGGCCGCUGCAUUACCUGGCGUUCCAGGGUAAGGAGAAGGCUGCGUGGCCCCCGCCGGAGAAGAGCCUCCCGGGUGCCGACAGCGGGCUGCCCGCCCCCAGGCCGUUCCCCUUCCCCGAGGGCGGCAAGGCGAGCGCCCACGGCGGGGGGCCGCUGUCCUUCCCGUACCCCCUCCCGACUUUGCACAGCACGGCGACGGAGCCGUUCCAUGGCGAGGCGCACGCCCCGGAAUACGUCGACGUGGGGUUGGCCUCCGGCCAGAUUUCUCAUGGUGCUUUUGCCUUCCACUCCUCCGCCCGGGACUGGAAAGGAGACGUCCUCAGUGGUGGCAGCUCCUACGGCCACGUGGCCACGGAGGGCAGGACGUAUGCACUGGCCCCUGCCCCGCCGGCCCCGUUCCUCCCCUCGCCGGCGCCGGGGCUCUUCCCAGGCUACAAAGGGAGGAGGGACCCUUCCCCGGACCACAAUGGUGCUAUCUCCCCCUCUGGUGCUAUCGACCCGAGCCCCGGUGCCUUCCCGGAGGGCCUGGCUGUCUUCCCCCCCAGUUUACACAUCUCUAGCAUGCCCAAGCUGAUUGGCAAGAGGCUGCCCUUGCCAAAGGACGCAGUGGCCGGCCAGCGGGCGCUGGACCCGGGCGGCUCUCUGAGGAGGGUCGGGCCGCAGACCCCGCUCCCGCCACCGCACUGUCAGAGCAAGGCGUACGGCGACCCCUCGGCCAGCAGCUCUGGCCCCAGACCCUCGGAGAAGAGCCUCGCCGCGCCUGUGCAGGGCCACCCCCGGCUCCCGCAGCCGUGGGAGGGCAGCAAGAGGACCUUCUCCCCCUUGGAGCACAGCCCAGUGGCCUACCCAAGCCCCGGCGGCGGCCAGUCCUCCUUCGGGGGCCCCCCAGAGCCGGAGCAGAGGCACCCCGCCAAGAAGCCCUGGCAGCAGCUGCCCUUCGCCUCCGCCUCGCCCGGCCAGAACAGGAUCGAGCUGUCCCGGAAGCUGGCCGCCCAGAAGCUGCCGUUCCCCCUCGGGGCGCCCGAGUGGGACGCCAGUGCGAAGGGGCCCCAGAGCUCCGGGGGCUACACCGGCAAAGCCCCGCCGUCUGGCGAGGGCCCUGCCAGAUCCAGCCCGGGGAGCGGGAGCACCGCGAAUCCUUUCUCGUUCGACGCGGCAACGGACACGGAGCCCCUCGCCGCCUGCGGCCCCCGGAACAAGCCCCUCUUCUUUGGCGUGAGCCCACCCGUGCUGCUGGCCACCACCCGGCUCCCUUGCCACCCUCCUUUGGGGUUGCCCCCGCCGGCCAUGGCCGCCUCCCCAAGCAACUCCCCACUGCCGUCCCCGGCCCCGCACCCGACGGGCGGCAGCUCCUGCUCAUCGCUCUCCCCCACUUCCGGCAGCCCCGAGAGCUUUGAGGGCGGCGUGGCCCUGGCCGCCUCGCCUUUCUUCCACCCGCCGUGCCCCCCAAAGGACAGCAGCAAGCCGCUCCACCCGCCAGAGGCCCCGGGCUCCGGCAUGAUCCACUACCCCCCCACCGAAGCCGUCAAGGCCUUCCACUUCUCCCAGGACGUCGCCAAAGAGGACCUCCUCUACCGAGGGCUCCCCGGGGAGGGCCACGCCCCCAGGCUGGCCGGGCAGAGCGCCAAGGGGGGCCUGGAGGGCUGCGAGGCCGACCUACCUCCUCCGCCGUACUCCUCCCAUCACCUCCUGGCCACCUCACUGAGCAGCGCGAGCCUGGACCAGCUGGAUGUGCUGCUGACCUGCAAGCAAUGUGACCAGAACUUCGGCAACCUCUCCUCGUUCCUGGAGCACCGGCAGUUCUGCAGCUCCCACGCCAUGCUCCAGGGCCCAGCCAGAGAGCCCCCCCGUGGGACAGAGGGCCGGAGGCCGCCUCCGGCGCCCCCCGAGUCCGUCCCGCCUGCGCACGGCUCCCCGGGGCCACCGCUGCCUCCCGACCCGCACCCGCACCUGCUUGCUCUGAACAGGGCGGCCGACGCGCUGGCGGACGGGGAGAGCAAAGGGGAGGCCAGGGAGGAGGCGCUCCGCGGAGGCCAGCUCGGCCUCGGCCCGGCCACUGGCUCCCUGCCGCUGAGCACUUCCGACUUGGAGAUCGAUGACGCCAAACUGGACCACCUGAUCACGGAAGCUCUCAACGGCCUGGGCUACCAGUCGGACACCCCGGAGAUCGACAGCAGCUUCAUCGAUGUGUUUGCCGACGAGGAGCUGGCGUCCGUGAAGGUCGGCAGCGGCAGCGGGACACUGUGCAAAGCGAGAGAGAGCGCGACUUCGGGGAAGAAGGCAAAGCACCCCGGGGUGGACGAGAACGGGAGGACGCUCGGCUGCCACGGCGAUCACCCCGGCGGAGAGCCAGCCAGAAGCAAACCGGCGGCGAAGCAGCACGGCCACAAGGAGAGGGGGCUGGGCUGGUUGCUUGACCACGGGGAGGAACGGCUGGAGCUCCAGCACAAGGCGGAGGUGGCUCCGAAUCGGGCGAUGGACCCAGCGACGUAUGAUGGGGCGCAAGCCAGCCCAGGCACCCCCUUGAAGGUGCGACGGAGGAACGGCGGGAGCUCCCUCCCGCCCAAGGGUCGGGGGGCCAGCAGCAUCUCAGAGGCGAAGGUGUCCAAGAACAUCGCCCACGCCUCUCCUCCGAGCGGCGGACUCCCGUCUGCGGGGCCCUCCGUGGCCGCCAGGGACCCCAAGCCCACUGCGAAAGGGGGGAAGGAGCGGAAGCUGCGGAGCGGCUCGUGGAGCAAAGAGCUCAUCCACAAGAUUGUCCAGCAGAAAAACAAGCUGCACCAGCUGCACCCGAAGAGUAGGAAGGCCGGGCCGCCCCUCUCGUCCUUCCUCGCCGACCGGCGGCUUCCGGAGGGGAAGGACAGCAAGCUCAGGGCAUACGAAUACAUCUCAGAGUCCGACGAGGAGAGGGUGGAGCACACCAAGCAGCACUGCCGGCGGAAGCUGGGCUCGAGGCUCAACGGGCGGCGGAGGAGCAGCUUCGGCCGGCGGUGCCGAGGGAGGGAGAAGGAGCCGGAGCCGGACUGGAGGUACGGCCCGCGGCGAGACUGGGAAGGGCCCAAGGGGGCCUCCGGCAGGGACCCCCACAGGAGGGGCGACGGCUCGGGCAGAGUGCGCCGGAGAAGCAACCGCUCGUCCUCCAGCAGCUUCCAGAGCACUGUCUUGUCCAGCGAGGCCAGCAGCAGCCCCCGGAGCACCGAGAGGGCCGACUCGGACACGGAGAAGGAGAGCGAGCAGAGGAGGCGGCUUCCGCAGAGCGCCCGGGGCUCCAGACCCCUCUUGGGAGAGUCGCCCAACGCUUCUGAGGAAGAAACCACGGGGAGGAGCCAGAGGGGGCCCCCCGGCCUGCCAAGAGAGCCGGGCGGCGGCGGCUCGCCCCACACCCAGCCGGCGGCGUGCAAGGCCUGUCCGAGGGCCGCUCCAGAGGCCUUGCCGGUCCUCCAGCUCCCCGAAGAGGCAGGCUUGCUGCACACCCCGGGGCAGCCGCAGCCCAGCAAGGGGGCUCCUGGGAAGGGCCUGCCCACGCCGUUUUCUGCGGGAGGUCCGGAACACAGCAGCCGGCGCUCUGCCCAGGAGCAUGAUAAACCAAAAGCCCCGGAAGAGGCGCUCGGCUUAGGAACGGACCAACGCUGCCAUCUCAUCACCACCUACAAGGGGGACGCCGUGAAAUACCCCGCAGAGGAAUUCCUCAGCCCAGCCUCCCGUGGCCACCACGCCGCCGAGGAGUGCGGCAGCUACGAAGAAGCGGACCUCAAGUGCCUGAGGAAGCAGAAGGCCUUCCCUGCUCCCGUCAGCUGCUUCCAGGAGGGCCCCCCGGGCAUCGGGGUGGCUGUGGGAGGGCCCCAUGCACUCGUGGAUGCUACUGAAACCUUGUAUGACUGCAAAGGCCUGCCCAGCAGCUACGACACGUCCAGUCUCUUCUCAGGGCCUCCAGGCACCGAAGCAGCCCCUGCUGACAACGUCUACCUGUGCCCGGGAGACGCGGACCUCGGCCCCUUCAAGCCAAAGCACCACAAGGUCGCACCCUAUGGGGCCACUACCGUCCACAGCCAGGUCUCUUCUCCACUUCAGUUCGACUCCUCCGCUGUCUUCGGGGAGCUGCCCGCCACUGAUUUCGAUGCUUCCUUGUACGACAGCGUGGCUUCCGGCAAGGACACCUAUGUUCCCUUUGAGUGCGUCGGCCACCAGCUGGGCAAAAUGGUCCCCUUUGACCAGCACUAUUCGUCCUUCCUGCAAGAGAAGGACUGGGCCCUGAUGGAAGACGACCUCGCGCCAUUUCACAGCCUCUCCGUCGAAAAGCCGGGCGCAAAGAGGUUCCCCGGUGAGAUGGAGCAGAUGACUUUGCCCGAGCAGAUGGCCGACUACGGCAUGGCUUUCAUGAGCAGCAUCUCGGAUGACGAGCUCGAGAUCAAACGGUUGGUCAGCGAGCUGGAAAGCCAGCUGCAAACAAGCAAGCUCAGUCUGGAGGACGCACCUGUGGAACACCAGGCGCCCACGGAACGGAAGGAAGCCGCGCACCCAUUCCUGUCCUUAACGCUGGGCCAGGAGGGCGAGGGGAAGGGGCUGUUCCUCAUGGAGGCAGAGUUUGAGGAGGCGGCUGUGUCCUGCAGCUGUGACAACAUGGGGAAUGAGAAGGCGCUGCUUUCCGCUUUAGAGGGCAAGUACGGGAGCCAGAGGGACCCAUGGCCGUGCCCGGUGCCCCUUCGACCUUUGCAGCCCACCGUGUGCUCUCCGUCUGCCCCCGACCUGAUGCUGACGGGCCCUUUUAGCUGCAAGGCGGAUCAAGACAAGCUCAAGGGAAACCUGAAGGAUGCCGGCAUCACUGGGGAAGGCGGCUUCAGGGAGAUCCAGGCCUCCUCGACGGCAGUCCAGCACACCGCGUGCCUUCCAGACCAGCCAGAAGCGCCAGACUACGCCAAGCAUCUGAUGCCGAGCCCCAGCCCAUUGCUCGCCAAAGCUCUGGGUGCCCCGAAGCUUAACGCCCACGACGCUUUGCCACCAAGUGUGGAUGCCUUCCCAGAACUGCCACCGAAGGAGGAAACAUUGGCCGGCGCAGCAGAGUUGGAAGCGUACGAGGGUCAAGUGCCGCGUUUGCAACUGGAAUCGGCGGUGCAAGAUAUUGGCACUCCAGCAUCUGAUGGCCACUUGCCUUCUGAUGCACAAGGAGGCAAGGGACCGGAGGAAAGGCUUUUCCAGAAGACCGGCUCACCAGCAAUGUUGGGAGGCAGCCCUGCCUUGCAAGGGGGUCCGGGUGGCCCCCUGCUCCUGGAAGAAGCUGAGGGGGCUGAAGGCCACCCCGCUCACCAGAGCCCAGCCCUCCGCAGUAAGGACACCAGUGGAAAACCUUUGCAUUUUGAUGUGCUGACCUUUUCCAAGGAGUUGGAGGAAGAGGAGGAAUAUGAGUCGGCGCCCCGAGGAGAAACAGCUCACCCGCUGCAGCAGCUGCAGCUGUUCGUGGCCCGAACGGUCAAAAGCAACGAGGAAGACUUGCUGCUGCCCUGCUUCCCAGGCCGGCCCCCCCACGGGCACCUGCCCGCGCCCGCCGAGAGCCAGCCCGAGCAGGCAGAAGAGGCCGCCGGGGGGCGAGACGGGGCCGGCAGCCCCACCUUGGAGGAAGCGAAGGAGGCCCUGGCCGAAGCAUCCGAGCACAUGGCCGACGUGUCCGACCCGAUCCGGCUGUUUUUGGAAUCGGGCAAGCAGCUGGAGUUCCUCGGGGGACCCCUUUGCUGCGGCACGAAGCCAGCCGUGCUGGGGAGCCCCCGGCAGCAGCCCCGCUUCGAGGACGGGUGCCCAGGGGUCAGAGACAUUCAUGUGUGCGCAGAUGGCCUCUCGCUGCAGCACGGUCGCCUCCUGCCACUUGCCAGCUCGGCAGGAGCCUCCCUGCCGCGGGAGGAGGGCGUGCGCGGCGGCGGUCAAGUGACGCGAGAGCUGGAGGGCAAACCAGAGGAGGCACCCGUGGCAUUUCGGGACUGCAGAAAAUCCCCGCUAAGCCCUGGACCGUUUGCAAGAGAAGCCUCCCGCUGUGCUCUGCCGGCCGUGCUCAAAGCACACGCUGCGUGCCACACAACUUGGGCCGGUGGCUGCCAGGACGGCCGAGCCGCAGGGACCGGAAAAGCCCACCGGAGAGAAGCCAGCGGGGAGCAGGUGCCGGCGCUGCAACGUGAUCUCUCUCCGGCUCCCACGACGCCUCCAGAGAAGCCGCCCGAGGACGAUUCUCCCCUGCCUGGAAGCCGCUUCGGCUCCGGAGACGGCCCGGUUUCAGCCGUGGACGGCGGCCUGUGGACGCGAGGCGCUCAGCACGUCAGUGCCCCGCCGGGCGGCUUCUCGCUGGACACCGGCUUUGCUGAUCAGAACGCCCCGUUUGGAGUGCCGCCAUCCGAAGAGGCACCUGGCGGGCACAUGCCGCUCCCCCCACGCCGGCGCUCACCUGGCCCCGAGAAGCCCCCUCCCGGCAGCCCCCUGCAGAGUCCUUUGGGGCCCGCGGAGCAGCCCUUCUCUCCCGUCCUGCAGCACUGCGGCACCUCGUCUCCCCUGCCCGUGGCGCUGCUGAGCGUGGCCCACCGCCCCGUGGACUCCUCCGGGAAGGCCCCUCCGCCCGCCGCCUCCUCUCUGCACUCUGCCCACGCAGCGUCCGCCCUGGUCCAAGCGGAACGGCCCUUGCUGCUGCACACGGAUUGUCGCCCCUCGGCCCACGAGCUGCCUCUUCUGAAGAAGGCCCGUGCGGAAGAGCCGCCGAGUCAGCUUGGUCACGAAGACGGUGAACGGUGUUCCGCACCAGGCAAGCCCGCCUCUUCGCAGCCCCCGGCCCUGCAGGAUGCCUUGCCUGGGCAGCCUCCCUCAGGGACUGAUUCUGCCCUGCUGAGGGACGCCAGGACUCAGACGCAUGCGGAGCUGAUGCCGAAGCCCCAGGAGGGGAGGGCAGUUGGGAGCUGCCCCCAGAAAGGGGGCAAAGAGGAACCCCAGCCGGGGGCUGCAAGCAAAGGGAUUGCUGCUCGGGAGAUGCCGGCUGCCAGUUCUCCAGAAAGAGCAGAUGGCGGCACAGGCGGGGCUGGUCCAGGUCCAGAGGCCGAACCCCAGAAAGUGCGAUGGGAGGCAGGCUGCAGCGGGAACUUUCUGGAGGAAGCAGAUUUGGAAGGCAAGGAGAGGGAAGGAGGGACCUCCGGCUUCCCAGUGCAAGAGGAGAGCGAAGAUGGGCGGCCAAGAGACCCUUCCGAGCCCAUGCAAGCAAAGGCCAAGAGGCGGAAAGGGCUGCCAGCCACCUGCGAGAUUUGCUCGGUUUCUUUCAGAUCCAAAACGGGACUGAUGAGACACAAGGCUGUGAAACAUCAGAGCCAGAAGGACGGCACCACCUUGCUGGGCUCAGGCUUUGCUCCCCUGGAAAAAGCUUUCAAGACCAGACAGCAACUCUCUGGGAGAAACAGGAGGGCCUCCACCAACGCCCAUGUUGCAAAAGCAGCUGAGGGGCGACCCUCUCCCAAAUCCUACAGAAGCCAAAGAAAGGAACCCAGCAGAGAAAUCCAAGAGGUUGUCUGCAGAGUGCUUGGCGACCUCAGUGCUAUUCCACUGGACACAACCCACGACAUCCAAAGUACCAGUGGCCCAAGGAAAGAAAGCAGGAUCGAGUCCAUGAGCUCACAGGCACAGAGCUCAGACGAGCUGGCCUCCGCCUCUAGAGAAGACCCAAGAGCUAAAGGAGAAGACCGGCAGCUCGGCACUGAUGCUCCAGACAAGUUUGCCGGGAAGAAAAUGAAGGGAAGAGCAAGGAAAACCAGAGCGACUUCCAGGGGAAAUGAGAUCAUCGGAGCUUCUCAUCUGGGGCCUGGGACCCCUCCAGUUUGCUCGAACAUGGUUUCCUGCACCGUGGACGUCAUUCUGAUGACCACCACUGAAGCUCUGGAGAGCAGCUCCACCCCAAGCACGGAACAGACCAGCCUGUGGUCCCCUUCGCCUCCUCACCCUUUGGCAGUCAGAGGAGUGGGCGACGGCGGUGAAAGACCAUCAUCGGCUGGGCCAAAGCUUCUUCGGGAUGAGGAGAGCUGCCAAGAAGAGGUGCAAGAUCCCGAGGCAGAAGCAAAACAGCUCCCACAAGAGAGGUGGCCAAGCAGCUGUCCAGAAGAACCUAAGGAAACAUCGAGCGAUGCUUGUGAAGGGCAGGACAAAGAAAGAAGCAGAGAAGAACCUGAGUCGAAGGGAAGUCCUUUUGAAGGGGCAAACUGUAGAAAUCCAAAUAACUCGCUGGUAUAUCUACCCAGCCCCAAGGCAGUAGAGCAGUCCAGCCACGUUGGUGCUGCUCAGCCGCAUCUCUCUGAUGUCGCCGCGGAGGAAGCAGCGGGUCGUGCCGGCCCCUCUUCUGGGGAUUCCAAGUUGUGGCGAAUGGAAGGGCUGCAGCCAAGGAAGGAGUCCCACGGUGAGGGAGCAGCGGGGCCCAAGCUGCACAGCUUGUUCGAUGACGACUCCAAGUUUUCCCAGCUUUUCCCCAGAAACGACCACUUUGCUCGCCGGAAGUGCACACGUGUGUAUGGAAAGCGGACCAAGAAACCCAGACCCCUCGCAGAGGCGAGCGCCAGGACAGAAGGCAUGGCGGACCUCUUCACGAUCCGGAUGGCCUCGGACCUUGGUGAAACCAGCUCUUUCUGCGUGACCAGGGAGGAUCCGUGCGAGUACGACACCAUCUCCAUCGACGAUACACUGAUCCUGGACAUGUGCCACGGCAGCAGAGGCACGGCGGGAGCUGCCAGCCCCACGUCCACCAAAGGCGUGGCGCUGCAGCCAGGUGUUGGGAGACGGGAAGAAGAUGCUGAUGGGAGGAAGGGCAGCGCGUUCGGCUUCUUCUGCCAACGGAGCCCCGCAGGGGCACUCCCAGGUUUGAGCAGCUGGGGCAGAGAGGGGAAGAAAGAAGACUUUCCAGUGGAGGGGGCACUGCUCCGCCCAUGCAUGGAGACCCCCGCGAGACCUUCGGCAGGGGAAGCCAGCCCGGGCCCUCCCAACCUCGAGGAAGAGUCCUGCGGCCCGGGGGCCCGUGAGCCCCCCCACUCGCCUGCAUUCCACACGAUCGAUAUGGAGACGUUGAACACGAAGUUUGAGUUGGCAGGCGGGGGCUUCUACGGCGCUGGGGAAGACCCUCUCCGUCGGGCAGAGGAGGACUGUGCCUUGGGCUUUGAGCCCACGCUGCUCCCGCAGGGCAGGCCCACGCCGAGCAAGCCGGACGAGGGAAAGCCGGGGAAGCCCCGCAGCGAGCCGCCCCUCAAGGAGAAGCAGUACAAGUGCCGGGUUUGCUUCCAGUGGUUCCUGACCCUGGGGGAGCUGGACUUCCACAAGCUCACGCACAACCCCUCCCCGCCCCCGACGUGCUACAUGUGCGUGCAGAGGCGGUUCAGCUCCCGGGAGCAGCUGAGGGACCACCUGAAGGAGAAGCACGCCAGGAACAAGGCGGGGCUCUGGGCGUGCGGCAUGUGCCUGAAGGAGACCUCCGAAGUCUGGAUGUACAACGAGCACCUGCGGGAGCACGCCACGCAGUUCGCCCGCAGGGGCCGGGCCCAGAAGACGGCGCUGGGGCUGCCGGGCUGCCUCGCCGAGCAGGACGCCGCCGUCACCCACUUCCUGAACUCCCUCAUGUGCCGCAAGCCCUCCAGGCCCGCGGAGGGCGGGAGCAGGGCGCCCCUGGGCAGAGCGGGCAGGGCCCCCAGGGAGCCGGCCGGGCGAGAGGCGGCCCCUGGCGAGGACGCGGCGGAGGCCCCCGGCAGGACGAGGCCGCCCGGGACCGCCCCAAAGGCUCCGGCGGCCCCAUCUCCCGACCCCGCCCCGAAAGUCGAGGGCCCCCCGAAGCCGGUGCCCAUGCACCCCGAGUGCAAGGAUCCUUCCCGCGACUGCCACCACUGUGGGAAGCAGUUCCCCAAGCCCUUCAAGCUGCAGCGCCACCUGGUGGUGCACAGCCUGCAGAAGAUCUACCUGUGCCACAGGUGCCCGGUGUUCUUCCGGGAAACCAAGGAGCUGCGCGGCCACCUCAGCCAGGAGCACGGGGGGGCGGCGGAGGAGGCCGACGUCAAGCACACCACCCUGUACACCUGCGAGCUGUGCGCCGACGUCAUGCACGUCAUCAAGAAGUCCUUCAUCUGCAGCGCCUGCAACUACACCUUCUCCAAGAAGGAGCAGUAUGACCGGCACAUGGAGAAGCACCUGGGGGGCAGCAGCACGACCCUCAGGUUCCGGGGGGUGAUGCGUCCCGGCGGCUCGGCUCGGGGGCCGGAGCGGAAGAUCAAGGAGGAGGCGCGCCCACGGGAGGAGGCGCCCCUGUCCAAAAGGAAGAAGGCGGCCCCCCACGGCAGCGCCCCUGCCCCCGGGCCACCUCCGCAGCGGGACUGCCCCGGUGCAGCCCUGCCGGACGGCGAGGCUCUGUGCGUGGCCGUCGGCGGGCCCGUGAAGGUGGAAGAUGCGGCAGGCGGCCCCCCCAGCCGCCCGGCCGGAGCACAGGGGUCCCCGCUGGACGCACCGCCUCCGGCCCUUCCUCCUGAGCCCAAGCACGAAUCCACGGCGCCGGAGCCCGGGCACCUGGUCGCACCUUCCGCAGGACUGCCGACGAAAGGGGGCUCCCCCGGUGAGAAGCCGCCUCCUCCCGCAGACUCCUCCUCCGGUUUGGUUGGUGCCGAGCGUGGCAGCAUGGCGCAGAACGACCCGGGAGCGGCGCCAGCAGCACUGCCUCCAGUUCCUCUGCCUGAGAAGCACAAGGAGCCAGACGUCCCCGAGGAGGCCACCUCGAGGAGCAGAGGGACACACGGGAAGGACCUGUGUCGAGACGAGGAGCCCGCGACUGAGAAGCCAGAGCUCCCCGGCUCAGCUCUUGAGCCUCCAGAGGGCAGGAGGCCUCCGAGGACACCGUGGGGUAGCGGCCCUCCCCCUCGCGAGGCGGUUCCUCGGGAAACCUCCGCCAAGCUGCCGCCAUUGGAGGCGCCUUUCCACGUGCUGCCCCUGAAGGACAAGACAGCAUCCCCUGCCUUAAACCGGCCUGCCAAGGAGACACCUUCGAAGAGGGUCUCGGGGGGUCGGGCCAAUGCUGAGACUGCUCCCAGUGUGGGGGAGGCCCAGGAGCCUCCCUCCCGGAAGGACAAGGCCCCUCCGGACACGGAGGCCGCUCCCCCCAAAGACCAGGGCAUGGGCACUAGUGUGGUGGAAGCGGGGGGCACCCCAACCCGGCCCCUGAGCGGCCAACCCCGAGGCGAAGCGGCCGGCGCCCCGGCGAAGCACAGCCAUCCGGACCCCAGCAGAGGCCAGGAGAGACCGGCGGUGAACGGGCUGGCCAGGCCUCACCCCAAGAAGCGGAAGGAGCACAAGUCUUGCCACAAGGGCAGUCCCGCCUCCCGGGAGAACAUCGAAGGGGACGGGGGCAAGAAGAAGAAGGCCCGGACGCAGGACGCAGCCAAGGGUGACGGCGUCGGAGCGUUCCGGAGGGCCGACUGGCCCGACGGCGAAGCGCUGGCACUCUCUCCUCGGAAGAGCGACCCCCACUUGAACAAGCUGGCCCCCAAGCUCAAGAUGUCCGUGGCUGGCGGCCAGCUGAAGAAGAUGGUGCUGGACCAGUGCUUCCAGAAGAAGGUGGAGAUCCGCCACGCCAACGGGGAGCUGCGGCGCAGGAAGGACAUCCUGGGCAGCAAGGCCUUCCACCAGCUGCUCGCCAAGGAGCCCUCCACCUCGCUGCCUUGCAGCGUGAGCAGACACAGAGCUGUCCAAGGUGCUAAGCUGCCCGACACUCACAAUUACAGGACGGCAGAAUCCCAGAACAAUCUCUUAAGCCAACUGUUUGGGCAGAAAUUAACUAGCUUUAAAAUUCCUUUAAGAAGAGAUACUUCUGAGUAAUUUAUGAAAGUGACUUAUGGUGAUCCUUUGCUGCUUUCAUGGGGUUUGCAAGGGGGAAAAAUUAUCAAAGCAUUAAAUUCGUUUGUGUAGCGUGAUUUCUCUGUCUAGCUUAAAUGAACUUGCACUGCAGCCUCUGAAAUAGUUUUGCUUUGUGUCUUACUAAUCUACUUUAAUUCACCUGAUUUAUCAUGCAAAUGCUAGAACUUUGAUGUUGCUGAUGAUUUUCAUGAACUAAAACUGUAAUCGCUUUGGGCAGAGCAAAGCAUCAAGAGGAAAUUCUUUAUUGGAGAAGUGCUGAGGUUAUAAAGGGAUACUUGCAAAUCCUAGGCCCCGUUUUUCGACUGUGUCUCUGUUAUCUUUGUACAAAGUACUUGAAAAGAUGAACUUCAUUUCAGAGACAUCUUAUUCAUGAGGUGUACACUGUAGAAAGCAUUUUUUUCCCUCCUAGAAGAUUUUGCACAAAUAAUCCUGAAUGAUUUCAUUUAAUUGGGAACCAGCCUAAGUCAUGAUACAAUUAAAAAAAAUUAAAUUAAGAAAGCAGUAGGCCUCCGAUUUGACAGACAGCCGUUUCCAAGCGUGUGGCAUUAAGAACGAACUGGUACGGCUAAGACUUGGGUUCUGAAAGCGAGGGCCUUUAAAAGACCACUGGAGAUGUUGCGGCGAGGGAUUUGUCCGUGUUUAUUUUUAAAAGAAAUGUACGUGCCCCUUCUCACCUAGCUGAACUGCACCUUGAAGAUUUGUGACAUAGUUUCUUAAUUAUUUUUUUAAUUAUUAAUAUUUUCCCGCGAGAAAACUGUGCCAACCUACCACCGCCAUGCAGUUCUGUGCCCUCGUGGCCUUUGACAAAUCUUUUCAAACCAACCAACAAACUCUUACUGUAUCGAGGUAGUCGCUAAUGUUUGGUAUGCGCUUUAUACUAUGCAGUUAAUUGGUGCUAUUUUUUAUUUUUGUAAUGUGAAGACAGUCAGGAACACACACACACACACAUGCACAAGUCGAUGGAGAAAAACUUCUGGAAGAUGUUAACAGUUGCCUAUAGGAACCUAACACAGGGAGGAUUGGAAGGUGUUGCUGUGGUCGUUCUCUUGCAAUGGCUGAUCCUCCGCAGUGUGUUCAGCAAAGGUUGCAUCCUGAGGCUUGAAUUAAUUGCUGAAGACGAUCGACUCGCGAUUAGAGACCUCCAUGGUCAAGGCGGAGCCAGAGGGGUGAUGCACUGAAGGGGUCGGACACACUCUCGGAAUACUUUGUGUGUGUCUUGCAAAUGAUAUUUGUCUUGUUUUGAAGAUUUUUUUAAAAAGAUUUAAGUGGCUUUAUCCUGUUAAUAUGUACCUUUAUAGUUCUUGUGUAAAAAUGAUCUAUAUAAUACGUUAAUUAUUAUACGUCGGGUGCAAUGCGUUAUGUUAAAAGUUUUUAUUUUGAUAUUUGUCGGAAAGCAGAGAAAAGUGCAGGAAAUAUCUCGGGGGGUAAUAAUGUUGUUUGGGUGCAGUGUGAGCACCUGUUUUAAUACUGUUGAAUAAAGUAUGAGCUGACGCAUACAAGGCGGUACUGUAAGACAUGGGCCCAGAGUUUUCCUCUCAAAUAUAGUCCAAUA